UGCCGAAGCGGACCAUCCACUUUUCGCUUGCAGAGGCAGCAAGUCCUGAGUUCUCUUCCCGCGCAAGUGACAACUUCCCUGGAACUUGGAUUACGCAGAAGAUUCUAAUUUUUUAAAAACUUUAUUUUCAGGCAAUUUCCCCCGGAACCAUUUACUUCCAGAGGAUCAAGGGAGUUGGACCUGAAGUCUGGCCAUGGCAUCUCAAUGUCGAAGUCUGAGUUUCUCUUCAGAUGAUAAUGGUCAAUCAAACUUCCGGGGGAAGCUUCUGACUAUUGAUUCAAAGCUGGGGAGCCAAGAUGUGGAGGCCUUGAAGUUUCUCUGCCGAGACUGCAUCUCCCACAAGGAGCUGGAGAAGGCCAGCUCGGCCUCCGACAUCUUUGAUCAUCUGUUGGCAGAGGAGCAGCUGAGCGAGGAAGACUCCUUCUUCCUGGCGGAACUCCUCUACCUGAUCAAGCAGAAAUCGUUGCUGCGCUACCUCAACCAAACCAAGGAGCAAGUGGAAAGUUUGCUGCCCACCCGAGGGAGGGUCCCUCUGUUCAGAAAGCUGCUCUACGAACUGUCAGAAAGCAUCAGCUCAGAUAACUUAAAGAACAUGAUCUUCCUUCAGAGGGACUCGAUUCCCAAAAUCCAGAUGACCUCGCUAAGUUUCCUGGCAUAUCUGGAGAGACAAGGUCAAAUAGAUGAAGAUAAUCUGAAGUUACUGGAGGAUCUCUGCAGAAGAGUUGUGCCUAACCUUGUGAGAAAGAUAGAAAAAUAUAAAAGAGAGAAAGCCUCCCGGGCUCCUCCCACACGUGUGGGAGACAAGGAACUUGUGUCAUUGCCCCAAGGAGAGGAAGAAACGUUCCCCUGUUAUAACAUGGAACCGUUGUCAGAAGCCUUACCGGAGACAGGUGUGUACAGGAUGAAUCGGAAACAUAGAGGCCACUGUGUGGUUGUCAAUAACCACACAUUUACCUCAAUGGACGACAGACCAGGGACUGAUAAAGACGCUGAGCACUUGAAGCAUGUGUUUGAGUGGCUUGGGUUCAGCGUAUGUGUGUAUGACAAUGUGACCAAAGGACGUCUGGACGAGGUUCUGCAGGAAUACAAGAGCCAUCCAGGCCAUGCUGACGGAGACUGCUUUGUGUUCUGUGUUCUGAGCCAUGGGGAAUACGGAGCUGUCUACUCUUCGGAUGAGAUCCUCGUUCCCAUUCAGGAGAUCACGUCUCACUUCACAGCCCAGAAAUGUCCCAGUCUGGCUCAUAAGCCCAAACUCUUUUUCAUCCAGGCCUGCCAGGGGGAAGAGAUACAACCUCCUGUAUACAUUGAAGCAGAUGCUGUAAAUCCUGAGCAUGUGGCCCCUUCCCUUCAGAAGAGUAUUCCCAAUGAGGCAGACUUUCUUCUUGGCCUGGCCACUGUCCCUGGCUACAAGGCCCUUCGGCAUAUGGUGGACGGCAGCUGGUAUAUCCAGUCUCUGUGUCAUCAUCUGAAGAGCUUGGUCCCAAGAAAUGAAGAUAUCUUGUCCAUCCUCACCGUUGUCAACCGUGAUGUGAGUCAAAAAGCAGACAGUAAAGGAAAAUGGAAACAGAUGCCCCAACCGGCCUUCACCCUACGGAAGAAGCUAGUAUUCCCUGUGCCCCCGGAAAGACUUUAGUAAGAGAGAGUUCCCAUUGGCUCUUCGACUUGAAAGGAAGCUUGGGUCAGCCAUUCCAGCCUCCUGCCCCUCACAGGAAUCUGUGACAGACGGUGAGCUGACCUCUGUCUGUCAUUCUAAUAACUGGAAAUACCCUAUUU